AGGAGGCAGCUGGGGAUGGGUGUGGCGCCAUGAGGGAAUGUGGGCUGUGAGUACCACGUCCUGUUUACCUGUGAGGGAAGUCAGACCCCUGAGUCAGAACUCACGCUGGGCUGCUUUGCUGGAGCCAUCAUGGUGUGUGGGUGUCCGGGCCUGACUCCUCGGGAACGAAAGGAUUCCCAGCAUUCCCAAGGCCAUGGUCCUGAAAUCCAAGUCGCUCCAAAGACUGAGAUGUCAACUGGUAGUUGAGCAGUUGGAGAAGAAAGAAAAUUGGGGAGCCAGCCUUACCAGAGCACGAGGGCUGUGUACCUCUUAUCUCCUCAGCUCCCCAGUCCUGGCAUCACUCUGGCCUCCUGCCCCAUCCCCCGACCAGCUCUGCCAGCGUCCACAUUCCCGGCCGCCGGCCUCCACCGCCCCCGCACGUGCCGCCGCAGGGAGCGGCCUGACCACUGCGUGACGCCUCGAGGGGCGGGGUCUCAUUUUUAAAAGGGGCCAGAGGCGGCGGCGCCCGCCCCAAGACCCGACCCGGGUCACAGGGAGGGCUAGUGCGUGCUGCCCACGGCGUCGGCCGCGUUAGCGACACCCUCGAGUCCGCGGCGGGCACCAUGCAGCUCCUGGUGAAGGUGCCGUCUCUGCCGGAGCGGGGCGAGCUGGACUGCGACAUCUGCUACCGGCCCUUCAACCUGGGGGCCCGCGCGCCGCGCCGCCUGCCCGGAACGGCGCGCGCCCGCUGCGGCCACUCGCUCUGCACCGCCUGCCUGCGCGAGCUGGCGGCGCGCGGCGACCGCAGCGGAGGGGCCGCGCGCGUGGUGCGCUUCCGCCGCGUCGUCACGUGCCCCUUCUGCCGCGCGCCCACCCCGCUCCCGCGCGGCGGGGUCACGGAGAUCCCUGUCCACCCGGACUUGUGGUCGCGGUUGGAGGAGAAGGCGCGGGCUGAACGUGAACCCGAUGAGGCUGGUAGCCCGGGCAGGGAAGGUGGCGACGCCGACCGAGAGGCCGACGAGGAGGAAGAGAGCGACAAGGGGUCGGGGCCGAGGAGCGCGGGGUGGCGCGCGUUCCGACGGCUCUGGGACAGGUUGCUGUCGCCCGCGCGCCGCUGGCGGCGCCCGCUGCCUAGCAACGUUCUGUACUGUCCGGAGAUCAAGGACUUGGCCCACAUGACUCGCUGCACGCUGUAGCCCCGGGGCCCGGAAGCUGAAGCCGGAGGGAGGUGGGAGCUGCGUUCCCGGGGCGUGCUGUCGUACCAGGGGUUGAUGCCCAGGCUACCCCUCUCCCAUCCCAGGACUGGCACGGACGAGGAAGUGCAGCCGAGGGCAGGAGGGAACGCCCUGGGAGGUGUUGCUGCUGAGCUGGGGAGGCUCCUAGACGAAUCGCCCCCAUCUGCUGACUGUGCCAGCCGUACAUAUUUAGGAUAGAGUGGCCCAGGGAUGAUGAUAAAAACAAAGUCCAUGUACCCGUGGGAAGAAGACAGAUUGUUUCCUUAGCUGUGACUUGGCUUUUGUCCAGGGCAACUCUGGUUGUGUGGGAGCAACAAGUCCCAUUUUAGCAAUUUUGUGUCAAUGGUUUGAAAAUUUCAAAAAAAAAAAUGGAACAGGAGAGAAAGAGGCUGAUUUUCAUGUCAUGUUAAUCUCACUUCUCUACCACUAAGAGACUUGAGAAAAACAAGCCGUUUGGUUUGGCCCCCACCCCCACCCCAGUGCUGACAUGCCCACUGUCUCCCCACUCCCAGUACUGUAUUCCUAAAAUUAUCCAGAUGCCUCUGGCCUGCCUCGUUUCAGAAUCCCCCUCCAACCUGUUAGGGCAGGUAUCAGAAGGUCCAAAGAACAUUCAUCUGAGGCACUUAAUUAGGGCCUAUCAAGGAUAGAAAAGAGGCAUUUGGUAAAGGCAUCAGGUUUUAAAUCCCAUCAGUAUCUUAUAGUCCAGUCAAUGGGGGCUUGUUGGAAGUGUCAGGAUUCCACUUCACUUGCUGAAUCAGAACCUGCAUUUUAAUUAUCAGCCCAGGUCCUAGAUGCUCUAGGAUGUUACCAUCUAUGGGCGAAAUAUUUAGAACACAAAUGGUAUUUAACAAACUAUACACUAUUUCAUUGAAGGUUCUAAAGUGACAUUCUGUUGAAGAAAUCUAAAUUCAUGUGCAUAGUUGGAUUUUCCUGAGUUAAAAAUGUGAAUUUAAACCAUAUUUUGGUUUUUCCUGUCCUUAAGUCUCAGCUUAAAUGUUCCCUCUUUUGGGAAGCCUUUUUCAGCAUUCAACCUGGUGUUGCCCCUUCCCUCACUUUCUAUAGCAUAAUGCCUUGUUUUAUGUUCUUUGCUUUAAUUUUCAGAUAGUAUGUGUUUUGUUGGUAUCCCUACUAAAGUGUAAGCUUCAUGAGAGUAAUGACUGACUUGUGACUAUUUUAUCUCCAGUGCCAACAACAGUGUUAAUAUAUAGUAUGUACUCAAUAAAUGUUUGUUGAAUCUUA